AGUUCAGCUUAUUUCUCAUUUUAAUAUUUUAAAUAAAUAAAAAAAUUCUGUUUCUUUGCGAAAAAUCUCUCUGCGUUUAGUUCUGCUUUCCACACCAAGUUGCUUCAUGCUUUUGCUCUUCCAUAUUCCCACCCCUUUCGAAGAGAGAGAGAGAUCCAAGGUUUCUGGGUUAGCGGAAGAAGAAGAAGACGAAGCUCUUGGUGUGUUGCGGUGCUAAUCGUCAGAGGAACGAAGGCCUCUCAUUUAUAGAGAGGUUGGUGGUGUGGGGUGCCGAUCUGUGUCGAAUGGUGGUCGCCAGAGAUGCUUCACGGGCUCGCAUUGUCUGCAAAAAGGCCUGAAGAAACUGAAAGAGGUGACCCAGCUCUGCUUUUUUUCUUCUACUGAGUAUGUGGCAACAAUCACCAGUGAAGGUUAUAUGAUGGAGUUUUGCUGAACGUAUUCCACUAUCAAAAAGUUGAGGUGCGUUUGAGCAAUUGCCUUUUGCUUGGGAGAUGAAAGGAGGAUAUAACUUUAGAUUGAUGGGAAAACCAAUCUCUCUCACUCUGGCUGCCUUGGUUUGUACAACCAUAUUAUUUUGGGCUUGGGAGAAAAAUCCUUUUGCUGAUACUCUACUACUGGCCCGGGAGCAUUUUACAGUGCCUUCAAUAGAUUUUCUUGGAGACUCUGCAAAUAAUUCCUCAAAACCUAUGAAGAAAAAUGAAAGUGUUCAAGGGAAGGAUUCACAUUUGAUCACAAAUGAAGAUACAAAAGUGGUAGAAAAUUUUGGCACUGCACCAAUAGAUUCUAUAGCCGCAUUCUCUCCUGGAAUGCAAGAAAGUGAUGGGAACAUGCAAUCUUCUUUCCAGACUGAAGCGUGUAAUUAUGCCAAGGGUAGAUGGGUUGCAGACAGCAGGCGGCCAUUGUAUUCUGGGUUGAAGUGUAAGCAGUGGUUAUCAGAAAUGUGGGCAUGUAGACUAACACAACGAACAGAUUUUUCUUUUGAGGGAUACCGAUGGAAGCCAAUGAAUUGUGAAAUGCCAGACUUUGAGCGCUCUACCUUCUUGAGAAGAAUGCAGGACAAAACAAUUGCUUUUAUAGGAGAUUCAUUGGGUCGACAGCAAUUCCAAUCUUUGAUGUGUAUGGCAAGUGGUGGUGAGGACAGCCCAGAAGUGCAGAAUGUCGGAAAGGAAUAUGGCCUUGUCAAACGUCGUGGAGCCAUCCGUCCUGAUGGCUGGGCUUAUCGAUUCCCAGACACUAAUACCACUAUCUUAUAUUACUGGUCAGCAAGCCUCUGCGAUCUGGUGCCCCUUAACAUCUCGGACAAAGCCAGUGAUAUUGCAAUGCAUCUGGAUCGUCCCCCGGCUUUCAUGAGACAAUUUCUUCAUCGCUUUGAUGUGCUUGUUCUUAAUACUGGGCAUCAUUGGAACAGGGGAAAGAUUAAUGGAAACCGGUGGGUAAUGUAUGUAGAUGGAAAGCCCAAUGAAGAUAAGAAGCGUGCAGAAAUUGGGAAUGCCAAGAAUUUUACUGUGUACAGUGUUGUCAGGUGGGUUGAUUCACAACUUCCAUCGCAUCCUCGCCUCAAAGCUUUCUUUCGGACUAUCUCACCGAGGCAUUUCUUUAACGGUGACUGGAAUACUGGGGGUACCUGUGAUAAUACUACUCCAUUGGCUGGAGGAAGUGAAGUGGUCCAAGAAGGAUCAAGUGAUUCAGUAAUCGAUGGUGCUUUGAAAGGUACAAAGAUAAAGAUUUUGGACAUAACUGCUCUUUCUCAAUUAAGGGAUGAGGGUCACAUAUCGCACUACAGCAUUAGAGGAAAAGGAAAUGCCGGUAUAAAUGAUUGCUUGCACUGGUGCCUACCUGGAAUUCCAGACGCAUGGAAUGAACUCCUUGCUGCACAAAUAUAGGAGGCUUUACCACAUCCACGUCGUAGAUCAAAUCUGCUAUUCUUCAUGGUCUGAAAAGAAGGCCAAUUGUUUUCUGGUAUGAAAUUCUUUUGUUGUAAAUUUCGGUGUUAAUAGAAAUAGGUAAAGCACCGAUUUCCAAAUCAUUUUCCAUUGAAUUGGAUGCUAGUUGUUCACACAGGUGUUUGAUUAACACCUAGAGAGUGAGCUGUACCCUCAUACUCUGAAUGGGUAGCAGUCUCUGCCUGUUGUACUCUACUCUAUUGUACCAUUGCUUGCCGCUAAUUAAUUUUAUGAGAGGUAUUUUUUCAGGCUC